AAAAAAAAGAGAAGCGGGUUAACGCGCACCAAUGGCCACGGAGGAGGCAGCAGCGACGCCGUCAGAGCCGAGCGCUCAAGUGCCACAGGUGAGGAUGGAAGACUCGACGCGUCCUCGGCGGCGCCAGCAAGCUGCAGCCAAGACGGCCGCGUGAACAGGGGGGAACGGGCGCCGAGAAGCAUGGAGGGGCGUGCGUAACUUUCCUCCCCUUUGACGCACAAGGCGAGGGGGGCUCGGCGUUGCGCGCACAGUCUGAGCCCGAGAGUCGAAGAAAGCGGCACGUCGCGAUGAACGCCGACGGCGGAUCGUCCGGGCUGGCCAGGUCGGCCGCGGUCAAGCUGUCCGAGAUGGGCGCGCGCACCAAGCAGCUGGGCACGGCCAUGCGGGACCCGCAGCGGCAGCGGCGCGUCAUCCUGGUGAUCGUGUGCGUGGCGCUGCUGCUGGACAACAUGCUCUACAUGGUGAUCGUGCCCAUCAUCCCGGACUACCUGGCCGACCUGGAGAACGAGCAGUCGGAGCCGCGGGCCAACGGCAGCGGCAACGACACCGGCGCGCGCGGCGGGUCCGCCAACCUGGACGUGCAAAUCGGGGUCCUGUUCGCGUCCAAAGCCAUCCUGCAGCUGCUGGUCAACCCCCUGAGCGGCACCUUCAUCGACCGCGUGGGCUACGACAUCCCGCUGCUGAUCGGGCUGAGCGUCAUGUUCCUCUCCACGUGCAUCUUCGCCUUCGGCGAGAACUACGCCACGCUGUUCGCCGCCAGGAGCCUGCAGGGCCUGGGCUCGGCGUUCGCCGACACGUCGGGCCUGGCCAUGAUCGCCGACAAGUACACGGAGGAGGCCGAGCGCAGCCGGGCGCUGGGCAUCGCGCUGGCCUUCAUCUCCUUCGGCAGCCUGGCGGCGCCUCCCUUCGGCGGGGUCCUGUACGAGUUCGCCGGCAAGCGGGUGCCCUUCCUGGUGCUCGCCUUCGUGUGCCUGGCGGACGGCUUCCUGUUCCUGGCCCUGCUGCGGCCCUUCUCCAACAGGACUCGCGAGAACAUGCCGGUCGGCACGCCCAUCCACCGGCUCAUGGUCGACCCGUACAUCGCGGUGGUGGCCGGCGCGCUGACGGUGUGCAACAUCCCGCUGGCCUUCCUGGAGCCCACCAUCGCCAAGUGGAUGGAGAGCACCAUGCACUCCACGCGGUGGCAGGUGGGCCUGACCUGGCUGCCCGCCUUCUUCCCGCACGUGCUCGGCGUCUACGUCACCGUGCGGCUGGCGGCGCGUCACCCCAACCUGCAGUGGUUCUACGGCGCGCUGGGCUUGGUCAUCAUCGGCGCCAGCUCGUGCACGGUGCCGGCCUGCAAGAGCUUCGGCCAGCUGGUGGCCCCGCUGUGCGGCAUCUGCUUCGGCAUCGCGCUGGUGGACACGGCGCUGCUGCCCACGCUCGCCUUCCUGGUGGACGUGCGCCACGUCUCCGUCUACGGCAGCGUGUACGCCAUCGCGGACAUCUCCUACUCGGUGGCGUACGCCAUGGGCCCCGUGGUGGCGGGCCAGAUCGUGCACAGCCGGGGCUUCGUCCAGCUCAACCUGGGCAUGGGCCUGGUCAACGUGCUGUACGCGCCCGCGCUGCUGCUGCUGCGCAACGUCUGCCGCAUGAGGCCGUCCUACUCGGAGAGGGACACCCUGCUGGACGAGCCCCCGCAGGGGCUGUACGACGCCAUCCGCCUGGAGGAGAGGCGGGCCGACAAGAGCGAGAAGCGCAGCAAGAAAAGGGGCCACGGCGACGAGGGCGCCUGCGGCCCGCCGGACGAGAACGGCUUCGACGCCUUCGACGCCUUCGAAGCGCGGCGCUCGCAGUCCGACGAGUUCACUUGAACUAAGUCGUCGGACCCCCCGCCCCCCUUCCCGCUUCCCCGUGUCUCAGUCAAAGUUAUGUGCACUAUAAAAAACUAACAAAAAAAAAACAACAACCUCCCAAUCACCAUAAUAACAAUUGUGUGCGUGUGACCGUUUUUCUUUCAUCAUCUUUGUAAUUUCAUUCCGUUUGAUUCUCGUGGGGGGAAAAAAACUAUUGCUAAUUGUGGGACCAAAUAUAAACAGCACACGUCCACGAGCACAAAAAAAGCCCAUCUAUUUUUAUGUGUUUUUGUUUUGACUUAUUUGAGUACAUUGUUGGUGAGAUUAAUUUCUUUUCUUCCUUGUCGUUGGGAAAAAUUCAAUGUAUCAGCACAACCGGAUUUGUACAAAUGUGGAGAAAAUGAACUGCACAAGGUAAAAAAAAAAAUACGCGAGCACAAAAAAAAAAGCUCAAGUGGCUGUGAGUGUGUGUGUGUGUCAGUCUGCAGCAUUUUGUCAAGACGAGUCCGAUCUCCUGAAGACAAGUCCAUCUGUGUGUUCAUUUAUUGACUGUGAGUUGAAUAAAUCUGUUUGGAUGUGUGA